UGCUGUGCUUUGGACCAAUCUCCUUCCGUUUUAUUCGUCUUUUCCUGCCUUUUUCCUCCCUCCUCACCUCGUCCCUCCCCCCUAGAGCGAGAGUCUCCCUGGUUGUGUAGUAGGCACGCGUUAAAAAGCGGAAAACCUCGCGGUUGCCUUCAGAUCGGAGCGCACCGACCGCUGCGCGCGCCAGCCAUUAAACAAUCAGGACGUGAACCUGCUCACAGCUAUGACCCUGCUGUUCGCUCUACCUGGAUUAACUCUGUAGUAAUCGCUGUCUGCUGCACCCACCCUCGCUGAUACCACCCCCACCUACAGCAGAAGCGGCAUCGCGGGCUCCUCUGUCCUCUCAGUCCACAACUCUCAGCUUUGUUCUACGGUUAUGGGGUGCGUCGUGUCCUUUUUGCCUGGGCUGCUGAGGGGCUUGAGCGCGCUGUGAGGCGGAUAGGCUACCAGGUGGAUUUAUGGUCCGCAAAGCCGCAACUACCAGCCAAGGAAAAUUAGUGGAAGCCUGAGCUCCGGGAGGAUGCAGGUGACGCGUUGGUGCGCCGUGUUCCUCCUGACACCUGCACUUUGCUUGGUUACAAGUGCCCACACCUCAAAGUCAAACAUUGUCAAGUCAGGAAGCCCCAAAUCAACACUAAAGCAUAUAUGGACAGAAAGCAGUAAGGAUAUGUCUAUCAGUAGGCUGCUGUCACAGACUCUGCACGGCAAAGAAAACAGCACAGCCUUGGACCUUCAAUAUGACACCCCAGAGCCCUACUCGGAGCAGGACCUGUGGGACUGGCUGAGGAACUCCACAGACCUGCAGGACUCAAGGCCACGGGCUAAACGGCGGCCCAUGGUCAAGACAGGGAAAUUCAAGAAAAUGUUUGGCUGGGGGGACUUCCACUCCAAUAUUAAGACAGUCAAACUCAACCUGCUGAUCACUGGUAAGAUUGUUGAUCAUGGCAAUGGCACCUUCAGCGUCUACUUCCGCCACAAUUCCACAGGCCAGGGAAACGUGUCGGUCAGCUUGGUUCCUCCCACCAAGAUAGUGGAGUUUGACCUAACAGCGCAGCAGUCCGUCAUCGAUGCAAAGGACUCAAAGUCCUUCAACUGUCGUAUUGAGUAUGAGAAAGUCGAGAAGGGUGCCAAGAACACGCUCUGCAACUUCGACCCAUCCAAGACCUGCUACCAGGAGCAGACCCAGAGCCAUGUCUCCUGGUUGUGCUCCAAACCUUUCAAAGUCAUCUGUAUCUUCAUUUCCUUCUACAGCACCGACUACAAACUGGUGCAAAAAGUGUGCCCAGAUUAUAACUACCACAGUGACACUCCCUACUUCCCCUCUGGCUGACAGUGCCAUGCACUCACUCACAGCAUAGUGGACAAGUGGAGCAGACACUGGGGCCACCCGUCCCAGGGAAAUGUAUAUGUUAGCCGUUCUGUCCCUAAACAUGCCCAUACCAGUAUCAGUCAUCCAGAUGGUUUCCGAAUUUAAUGCUCUGAAUUCUUCAGAAGGAGCACAUAUGUUAGCUGUUUAAGAAGGUGGUUUGUAGGAUUGUAAUAUGCUUAAAAUGACCUGGAAAACUCUGUGAUUAUAAUAAGUUACAAUUUUUUGUUCCUGAAUUAUAUUUUAUCCCUGUUGAACUAUUUGUAGAAAGCAAGGGCGUAUUGGUACUUUUGGGGUUGUUAGUCAUCACUAUUAACUUCUGCCCAUAGUUGUUUGCUUUAGGAUUAGUUCACACUUACCAGGCUAGAAUGUUAUUAACUUUGCUUUUUCUGUCUUAGCAUAUGUCAUUACACAUAAACUCUCUAGACAACAACAUAUCAACUGUUUGACCCUGCUAUGCUCUUUACACUUUGCAGUUCAUUCUGCAUAACUAGAAAACAUAAUUAACUCAUUUUAAAAGAAAAGAAAUAAAUUAUGUAGAACAGAUGUUUUUUUUUUACAAAACCUGAAGGCAGCUGAAGAGAAGAUUGAAGCUUCAAAUGUGAGUUUGAUGCUUUUAGAAAUGUGAGGUGGUUUUACCUAUGUAGGGGUGACCUUGAAAUGAGCAGGCUUAUCGUUCAGGCAAGUCUCAGCCAGGAGAGAAAAUGUGUUAACACGCUGAGAUACUGUAAUGCUGUCAAUCCACAGCUGUCAUCACAGUGUUCCUGCUGUUGCAGGCAGAUGCUGGCUUGUUGGGUAAUUGGUUCAUUCUUGGCAAACUGAAUGUCAGAUUACCUGACUGAUUGAUCAGUGGUAUGUUUGUGGAAGAUUGGGCUUUCUCAUUGUCACUUAAUAUAUCAAAUGUAAUGUAUUGAAUUCUAUAUCUUACAGACUAAUUUCUAUGAAUGGUUUGUAUUGUACAUAGUUUUUCCCCAUUGCGCUGCUUCAGUACAUGCCCCACAUGAGCUGUGUGUUUCCACCCUUUCCACUAAGUCCUCUUGUUCACUCCACUUAUGCUUGUUCUUGGUUCCUCUAACAAAGAUAAUGAUGUUGCUGCCCUAGAUGUGAAUUUCAUGAAAACAGCAAUCCUGUGCAGAAGCUGUAAAACUGACUAAAUAUAUUAACAGUAUUCAUUGAAAUGAUCUUUAUGAUGGGUGGGGGAGGGUGGGGUUUGUGGAGGUGUACAUAUAAAUUAAAUUAUACAGUAAAUUUUAUCAACUGAAUUCGGGUACAUGUGAGUUCUUUCUGUGAGUAAUAACAAGUCAGUAAUGAUUUGCUGAAGUCCAGUUACCUGUCACUACACCUGUUAGCUGUGGAAGGAGAGUGGGCUACAAGAAAGUGCUUUCAAGUUCCCAAGAGGCUUGACAAGAAAUCUAGACAACACAAAGAUGGUGAAACGGAUUGUACUGUGUGCUUACAGAUUGUACUUGAACUGAAAGGACUUAGUUUUAUUGCUUACCUGGCACAUGCUCAUUGUCAUCAUAUACACUGAAUCUAAUACUGUAGGUCAGUGUUGACAAACAGACAGCACAGUACCCCAAUUUUAAUGGCGUAAAUGCUAAAAACAUAGAAAAUAGGUUCCUUAUUAAUAACGGUGCAUGCAGAGCAAAAUGGUUAUUUCUUAUCUUUUCUGUCAUCUAUCAGCAUUACCCUGUUAGAAAGGCAGCAGUUCAACAAACACAAAGAGUCCAAGCUUUUAGUCCUGCAAUGGGUUACCCUUGAAAUAAAUUCAUCAUUUUGCCAUUUUCUCUGGCUUGUUGGUUUUCUGGUUUCAGGGACAUGAAUGUAAUUCUUAAGGUUCAAGAUUAGUAACCUUUUUAUUUUAUGUACACCAUUUUUGAGGGGUGUGCCCAAAAGCAGAGGUGGGUUCAAAGGGACCGAGUCCUGGAUCUAGGUGCAUUUGUCCAAUAAAUAUUAGCAAUUUUGGUGACCACUGUGUUGGCACAGCCAGGCACAACCAGGUGCAGCAUGGAAGAGAGGAUGAAUCCCUUAUUACUGAGGAGAAUGCAUUAUAAGCAGCUGGAGUCACAGCGGGAUUUAAUAAUGGCCAAUCAAACCAGCUCCACUCAUCAACAGAUGCCUCUGACAGACAAAAGGUUUAUGUCAAUGAACAACCUGCCCGCCCCCCCCAAAGAAACAACUCCACAACACUACAAAUAUUAAUAUACAUCACCACAAAUAUGCUGUCAGUGGUAGAAUUAACAGGCAGCUGAUGCCUACUGCUGCAGCAACUAAUGGAAUAUCAGCAGGCCCCUACAAUCUUUGCAAACUAUUAGGUUAGAGGCAGGUGUAUUUAACCUCUACUGUUCUUCUCCUCUGAUGUAUAUUUGACAGAACACAUUCACAGUAUGUUCUUAGUACAUAGUACAGUUGUCUCAUCAAAAUAUUUAAAUAACUGAUGACAGUAUCUAUGCUGUGCUAGCAGUAUUUAAGGCAGGCAGGAUUUUGGAGCAGAGUGUGUGCAUUCUGAGCAGGAAAAAUUAUGGAGCUUGUUUCUGUCUGGGUAGUCUGUAGUAUCAGUGUGUUUCAUUUGUUUUUAUCAUUUUUCAUGUCUUGCUGUGCGCUCUGACAGUGUCCUACGCCUUCACCGUCCAGUAGCAGCUCUGAGCCUGCAUUUAAAUAUGGGUCAGGUCUGACAUUUGAGUUGGGUCUGGGAUUGAUUUUGAGAUAACUGCAGAUAACAGAUUGCUUCAUGGUGAGUUUGCCCAUCUGGUGGUACAGGGUUGAAAAAAACAAACAAACAAAAGAACAACUCCCUUACCACAUACAUGAACUUGUUUAAAAAAUGGUUUUUUUGUUGUUGUUUGCAGAAUAUGAUAUGAAUUAUUUUGUGGUGUUAUUGAUUAUAUGAUUAUGAAUCUAUGUGAAUAGGGCACAACUGCAAAAUAAAAGUGUCGUGACAGAUCUGAUGGAGCUCAGGACUCAUCCUGAGGAUAGUUGCAUUACUCCAGAUGGUUUUCCAUUCUGAUGUUCAGAAAACCAAAGAACAUUAUCUGCUGUUGGAUCCUGUGUCCAGAGGUUUAGAUAUUGAACAAAGUUGCUGCUGCUGUGGCACCCAUGUGUAAAUUUACACACAGCCCUUCUCUCAAAGCAGACACUGUGGCACACAUAUUGCUGUUGCUGCUGUGUGAUGAAUCUAAACCGAAGAGAAGUUGUUGUACUCAACUCCCUCACCACAUACACCAGCAGUAUUGAUGUUUCUGUAGAACUCCGGCUCAUGGGACUCAUGCGGAUGAAACUGUUGGUAAUCUUUUUCAGUCUCAAGGUGUGUUUGAUGCAGACACCAAUCUGCAGUAGAUGGAAAAAAUGGGUGACCAAAAGAAAAGGUGAAAACCGAAAGGUGUUUUUGACUUUUGGAGAGAGAGAAAUGUACCAAACACGUCCAAUUAAUCAGUCAGCCCAAGGAAAAUUAAACUAAGGAUACUUCACAGCCAGGACGUUCACUGUUUGAACUGCUGUCGUCAGGCAGAUGGUUCAGAGUAAUCAAAUCAAGGACCAUUACAUUCAAGAAUAUCAGCUGUUACCACACUCAAUGCUGCUAAAAUAUAAUAUGCCUGUGUGUGAGGAGGGGUGUGAGAGGUCUGUUAUUUU